AGAGCCGGGAGGGCGUUCGGGGGCGUGGGGCGCGCUGCGGAGCGCAGCCGCGGCUAGACGGCGGUGCGCUGUCGACCAGCGUUCGCAGGCGGCGCCCGGCACGAACCCCGAGCCCCGCGGGGCUCCCCACCCGCCGGCCUCCCGCCCCUCCCGCGCCUCCGCCUGGGGACCACGUCGGCUUUGUUGCCGAACCGUCCUUUCUUUCAGAGCUUUGCGCAGCAACGGAAAUUUCAUUGCUCCUGGGUGGAAAUUAAACGGACUCGCGUUCGCUCUCUCCCUCUCCCUUUCUCCCUCUCUCCCUCACUCUCUCUCUCUCCUUCUCUCUCGCCCACCAUUUCCCCUUCUUCCCCCACCUUUCCCGCGGAGCCGGAGUCAGCACCGCCAGGCGCGGGAGCUCCUCGCCCCGGCACGGCUGCCGCCCCUUCCAUGGGCGCCGCGCUCGCCUGCAGCCGCAGUCUCCGCGGGGCGGGCGCGAUGCCACGAUGGGCCUGAUCUGGCUGCUGCUGCUCAGCCUGCUGGAGCCCGGCUGGCCCUCGGCGGGCCCUGGGGCGCGGUUGCGGCGCGAUGCUGGCGGCCGCGGCGGCGUCUACGAGCACCUCGGCGGGGCGCCCCGGCGCCGCAAGCUCUACUGCGCCACGAAGUAUCACCUCCAGCUGCACCCGAGCGGCCGCGUCAACGGCAGCCUGGAGAACAGCGCCUACAGUAUCCUGGAAAUAACGGCAGUGGAGGUGGGCAUUGUGGCCAUCAGGGGGCUCUUCUCUGGGCGGUACCUGGCCAUGAACAAGAGGGGUCGGCUCUAUGCUUCGGAGCACUACAGCGCCGAGUGUGAGUUUGUGGAGCGGAUCCACGAGCUGGGCUAUAACACGUACGCGUCACGGCUGUACCGGACAGUGUCCAGUACGCCCGGGCCCCAGCGGCAGCCCAGCGCGGAGAGACUGUGGUACGUGUCUGUGAACGGCAAGGGUCGGCCACGCAGGGGCUUCAAGACCCGCCGCACUCAGAAGUCCUCCCUGUUCCUGCCCCGAGUGCUGGACCACAGGGACCACGAGAUGGUGCGGCGGCUGCAGGGUGACCUGCCCGGACUCCCUGGUAAGGGGGUCCAGACCCGGCGGCGGCGGCGGCAGAAGCAGAGCCUGGAUGGCCUGGAGCACUCACACGUUCAGGCCCCGGGACGGGGCUCCCAGCUGGAGGCCAGUGUGCACUAGCUGGGCCUGGUGGCCGCCGCCAGAGCUCCUGGCAACAUCUUGGCAUGGCAGCAUCUCGACUCUGACUCUUCUCCUUGAGCAUGUGCCCCCUCGUCCUGCCCCUGAGUCUGGGUUGGCCACUGUUUCCAGAGCCAGCCCAAAUCAGGAUCCCAGGGUCCAGGGGGAACUGAAGAGGACCCGGUGGGAACUCGGAGAGGGCGGCCUGCAGUGCAGGACAUUUGUGGAUCUGUGUGGCCAGAAGCCUGUGGGGAAGGCUCUCAGUGGCAGCCCUGGCAGACCAACAUGUCUCCAGCAGCAACAGCAGGGCAGCGUGGGGCUUUGUGGCAUGAAAACAUUAAAGUAUUUUAUUCU